GGAGGGAGGACUUUAGUCCUGAUAUAAAGAAGUAGACACUUUAUUACCCAUCACCUUUCAAGGACGCAACACGCGGCGCCUAUCCUGCUGCACUUCUAUGUGGCGACACCAAAACACACAUUCAUAUAAGAAUUGAGAUUUCAGACAACCCACUUAACCCAAUACAGUGUCCUUCUCUUCGGUAUUUCUUUAUCUCUGUAUUAUCGAGCUAUUUCUCUCAGUUAUCGGUAUUGCUUUGCUUUAUCUCUCUAUCUGUUGUAGGCGUUGUUGUUUGUGGGUUUGUGUUGUUUUUGACGGUAGUUGUUGGGUUUGGAAGAAAGGUCCGAAGAAGAAUUGAAAUAUAAGAUGUGAAGGAAUUAAAAAGAAGAAGAACGAAUCAGGGACAAUGUCUAUCUAGUGUUCUUAGAGAUCAAGUACUAUUUGAAGAUCGAAGGUUUAGAAGAGGGAGAGACGAAGAAGGGUACGAAUGUUUUGGGCGCCAAAUGCAACCCUCCGCUCGUGUUUUGCUUUCACACGAACGCAGGACAAUCAGCCGAUGUGAGGACGGUGUGAGGCGCCCUAUUCUGAGGAGUAGAUUCGGACUCAUAGGCCCAUUUAUUUGGAGUUGGCCCGAUCGCCCGAAGUUCGGCUUCAGUCAGGGCAAAUUGCCCUAUCCGAGCAGCUUUUAUUGCCUUCCAUCGAGAAUAUUUCCGUACUAAUAUACUUUAUUUCAUGGGGAGUUAUUCUCAAGGUUGGGAAAAGCUGUUAAAUCGGUGUGGGCACAGGUUUACCCUUAUGGAACCCGAUCUCGCCCGACAGAGACCAGACUAUUCCUUCCUUUUUUUCGUAGUGGGGCCCAUUACAUUCCACUCUUUCAAAUCCUACUCGACGAGACGUAGAGAAAAAACGUUGGUAGUGUUGGCAUUUGGCAACUGCCAAGUGCUUCAGAUCCUCCGAAUUCGAUGUCUUCUUCUCUCUCACCCGUCUCCUCCUUUCCGAUUUACUCCAAACUCCUAGCCUUGCGAAUCCAUGGAUCCCUUCGCCUGAAACGCCAAGGCAGGUUUUCGCGCUAACUUCAACUUCUGAUUCUUCACCUGCUUCUACCCGGACCCAUGGCUUUGAGAUCUGGCGGGAGAAAGCUCUCUUUCGAUAUCCUCAGAAGUGAUGGUUCCAUCAACGACGAAUUUCCCUUUUACCGGUCAAAUUCCGCGCCAGGUCGAGCAGAUAGUGGAGACGUAGGUCGUGUGGACCCUGCAGGCAAGACGAACCGUCGAAAACGGAAGAACAAAGGCUCAAAGAAGAAGAAGAAGGUUGAUAUUGAUAGUCCUAUCGAUGAGGAUCAGAUCAUUGAUAAGAGUGUCGAUUCGGUUUUUGAUGAUCGGAAACCGUCUUUCUAUGAGAACGCUUCUUUUGAGAAUGGAAUGGAAUCGGAUCACCGGAGUUACACGAUUCAAACUGUUGUCUGUGAGGAAAUUACGGUUCCAGAAGAGAACGCCACGAGUAUUAGGACUCUGCAUCAGGUGGACGAGCAUGAUUUUCAGAACUUGCACGGGGAAAGUCAUCAGCCUGGGGAAUUCAGGCAGAGGAGCGUGAAUGGGUGCUGUUUGUGUGAUGAUUCAUUGUCGCCGGCGGAUGGGCCUGCUAAAGUGGAGAGUAACGUGGGAUUAAAUUCGUCAUUGGGGCAAUGGAGUACUCAGCCUAACGGAAGUGUUGUAACGAGAAAAUUAGAGACGUCGGAAUCGCUGGACUGGAAGAAGCUCAUGGCUGAAGAUCCAAACUAUCUCUUCUCUGUGGAGAAGUCACCAGUUAAAUUUUUUAUGGGAGAAAUGCAUAGUGGAAACUCCUUGCAUAGCACAACAACCAUUGGAAAUGAAAAAGAACGAGAGAUAGUUUAUGAUACCAUCUUCCGUUUACCAUGGAGAUGUGAACUGCUUGUUAAUGUUGGCUUCUUUGUCUGUCUGGACUCGUUUCUGUCAUUGCUAACUAUCACGCCAGCAAGGCUCCUUAUGACCUUGAGGAGGUUUCUGAAUGGCGGGCUGUUCCAGAGACCAUCUGCAUCAGAACUGUCUGAUUUUGGUUGUUUUAUUGUGUUGGUCCUUGGAGUCACUCUUCUACAGGAAACAGAUAUCAGCCUAAUAUAUCACAUGAUCCGUGGUCAAGGAACAGUCAAACUCUAUGUCGUGUACAAUGUCUUAGAGAUAUUUGAUAGAAUAUUCCAAAAUUUUGGUGGAGACAUUUUGCAAACUCUGUUCAGUUCAGCAGAGGGGCUUGCAAGUUCUUCACCAGAGAAUAUGAGCUUUUGGCUAUGGAGAUUCAUUUCUGAUGAAGCGUUAGCCAUUUUUGCAUCUAUUGGUCAUUCAUUCAUCUUAUUAGCACAGGCAAUUACUUUUUCCACCUGUAUUGUUGCCCACAAUAAUGCACUCCUUGCGUUGCUGGUAUCAAAUAACUUUGCCGAGAUUAAGAGCAAUGUUUUCAAACGUUUUAGCAAGGACAAUAUUCACAGUCUAGUAUACUCUGAUUCAGUGGAGAGGUUUCAUAUUUCUUCAUUUCUCUUAUUCGUGCUAGCUCAAAAUAUUCUGGAGGCUGAAGGUCCCUGGCUUGGAAAUUUUCUUUCUAAUGCUCUCCUAGUUUACAUAUGUGAAAUGUCUGUUGACAUAAUCAAGCAUUCAUUUGUUGCAAAGUUCAAUGAAAUAAAACCCAUUGCAUUCUCAGAGUUUCUGGAAGACCUCUGCAAACAGGUUCUGAAAUUUACACCAGAGGAUAGGAAGAAAAACCUUACUUUUGUUCCUCUGGCACCAGCAUGUGUGGUUAUCCGGAUGUUGACUCCAGUCUAUGGAGUUCAUCUUCCCUAUGCUCCCUUUCUGUGGAGGCUGUUUUGGAUCUUUCUCUUGUCAACUACGACUUAUAUCAUGCUUGCAAGCCUCAAGGUGUUGAUUGGAAUGGGCCUCCAAAGAUUCGCCAUUUGGUACGUUAAUAGGUGCCUGAAAAGAAAACACCACCUCCAUUCAGACUAACUUAAUAUGAGAAUAAUAAAUAAAGCCUGGCUUGGAUCUUUGGUGCACCCAGAUUAAUUCACUAAUACUGACCUGACAUACCUGACUGAGUCUUCUGGUCAGUAAGGGCUAAGGCUCCGUCAGUUUUGCACCAGAAACCCUCACUGAAAAGUGAAGUAGAAGCUCAUCUUGCUUGGACCACUUGCUGGAUGCGUACUUACUGUGGUGGGUCCAAUCUGCUAUCAAAUUUUGACUUUAACAUAAAUCUUCUUUCCAAUUCUGCUAAAAGGAAAAGAAAAGAGAUGUUAAUUCCUACAGCUCUGUCGGUACAACAAAGUUUGUAAAUCUUCAAACUCACUAAAUCUAUUAUAUAAAUUGUCCUAUUUCUAUGUUUAUGGUGUCUUGGCAGAAAGUGUUCAGUCUGUUCUAAUUUAUGCAAAAUGUAAGAUAGUUAAUUACAAAAGGAACCGGCUGCUAACA